AUGGAGCUGAUCACAAAUGUCACCGAGUAUGAGAAGCUCGCUAAGGAGAAGCUGCCGAAGAUGGUGUACGACUACUAUGCCUCCGGCGCAGAAGAUCAGUGGACGCUCAAGGAGAACAGGGAGGCCUUCUCCAGAAUUCUGUUUCGACCACGGAUACUGAUUGACGUCUCCCGUAUCGACAUGGCCACAAACGUCCUGGGCUUCAACAUCUCCAUGCCUAUUAUGAUUGCUCCUACAGCCAUGCAGAAAAUGGCUCAUCCUGAUGGAGAGCUUGCUACGGCAAGAGCAGCAGCCUCUGCAGGAACAAUAAUGACAUUGUCCUCAUGGUCUACUUCCAGCGUUGAAGAGGUCAACUCAGUUGGGCCAGGGAUACGUUUCUUCCAGCUCUAUGUCUACAAGGACAGGAAUAUUGUACGGCAACUCGUGAAAAGGGCUGAAAUGGCUGGCUUUAAGGCUAUUGCACUCACGGUAGACACUCCAAUACUUGGCCGCAGGGAAGCUGAUAUAAAAAACAGCUUCACCUUACCUCCACAUCUGGUGUUGAAAAACUUUGAAGCGCUGGAUCUUGGCACGAUGGACAAGACAAAUGAUUCUGGUUUCGCUUCCUAUGUUGCUGGUCAAGUUGACCGCACUCUUUCCUGGAAGGACAUCAAGUGGCUGCAGACAAUUACCUCGUUGCCGAUCUUAGUGAAAGGGGUCGUGACCGCAGAAGACACUAGACUUGCAAUUGAAAAUGGCGCUGCUGGGAUCAUUGUGUCCAAUCACGGCGCACGCCAGCUAGAUUAUGUUCCUGCAACUAUCAGCUGCCUGGAAGAGGUCGUGAGGGAAGCGAAAGGCCGGCUGCCGGUGUUCCUCGACGGCGGCGUCCGCCGUGGCACGGACGUGUUCAAGGCCCUGGCGUUGGGAGCUUCAGGAGUGUUCAUUGGAAGGCCUGUACUGUUCGCCCUUGCUGUGGACGGCAAGGCUGGGGUGAGGAAUGCACUGCGAAUGCUGAGGGAUGAGCUCGAGAUCACCAUGGCGCUGAGCGGCUGUACGUCGCUGAAAGAUAUCACCCGCGAUCGCGUGGUCCUGCAACCAGAUCGGUUCCUAAGCGAGCUGACGAGCAUGUACGAGCGGAGCACGGAGAAGGGAUCCGUGUGGGUCACCAUGAAGCGAUCGACUCUCAAGAGCAAGGCACAGUUGCAGAAGAUGGAGAAGAAGGGGCAGGAGGUAGAGCACCGGUGCCUCAUCCGUGCCUCUGAUGGCAAGAAGAGCAUCUCAACCUCGGUCUCUCUAAAGGAGUACGCAAAGUUCCAAGCUUCAUACGCAACAGUUCUUAAGGCCCAUAUGCACGCUCUGAAGAAAAGGGAGAGGAAAGACAAGAAGAAGGCUGCAGAUUCUGAGAAGGCAAUCGAGACCGCACCCAAGAAGCAGAAGAAAGCAUCUUCAAAGAAAUCUUCGGGGUCCAAGUCAUAA